AUGGUGUCCCAGUUCAGCCUCGACGCGACCGAGGGCGCCCGUGUCGGCAUCGUCGAGUUCUCGAGCGACGCGGCGACGCUCACGCCGCUGACCGGCUCUCUGAGCGAAGUGCUGACCGCGAUCGACGGCGCGUCUGCGGCAGGGGGUGGCACGUCCGUGUCGGACGGCCUGGAGCUCGGGCGAGUCGAGGUGAACCAGGGCGCGCGCGCCGACGUGCCUCGCACGAUCCUGCUGCUGACGGACGGCGUGCAGACGGUGGACGGCAACGACGACACGGCCAUCGCGAAGGCGGCGGUGGUGAAGCAGGACGGCAUCUCGAUUGUCGCGGUCGGGUUUGGCGGCGCGAAUGAGCAGACGAUGCGCGCGAUCGCGUCGGCGCCCAGCUCCGACUUCGCCUUCUUCGGCGCGUCGAUGGACGAGAAGCACGACGUGACGUUUGCUGACGCCGUUGGCCAGACGUACCUGUGCAGCGUGCGGGCAUUUGGCCCGUGGGGGGUGCCCCAAGCAGCGUGCUGCAGUUGUAGCGCGACCGAUCCGUUGUCGGCGACGCGUUCUAGCAUGUACGCGCCACUAGCGACAAACUACCACUGCUACUAUGACUGCCAACUGUGCUACCGCCGCCCUGGGGUCGGAGGUAGAGUCGGUGGGGGUGCCGCGCGCGGCGCGGGCUUCGCUGUCGGGGGCGUUUAG